AUGGACUUCCAAAGCGUGAAUCCUUUGAAUAUCCGACUGAACAUGAUCUCGGGCAAUCUACUGAAGAUGACCGCCGACAACACAUCGUUUCCGACUCAUUGGCGCAUCUACAGCGUUCUCAUGUGGUUGUUACAAAUAAUCAUAGUGAUCGCGUUAAUCUUCGGAUGCUUGUAUGUGCCAAAGGAGAAGGCUCUGAAGGACGGCAUGAUUUGCAUCGUGGUCGCCGCGGAGAUGUUCUUCAUUGUCCUACGACUCUACGCUUGCAGGGACCUGGUGGCUCAAGUAAUUCGCCGGAUAAAUGACAUUCUGCGUGUCGCGGACGAUACUAUGAAGAGCGUCGUGAUAGCAACCAUGCAACCGGUCCAGACUCCGCUCCAGUUCUAUUGGAUCGCAGGCGUGAUAUCAAUAAUAGCGUGGAACUGCAUACCGCUCGUGUUGCUAUUCGAGAAGGAUGUCUUCUGUUAUGAGGAUUACAGAAUACCGGUCGCUUUCUCCGGUCAGCCGUUCGCGACCAAAACUUUCCUAUUGGGCAGCUUUGUUCUAUCAAUCGCCUCUCUGUAUAUGUUUAUAAAAAAGGUCGGCGUGGACGUAUACAUGGUUCACAUGGUGUUGAUGUUAACAGCGCAAUAUCGAUAUAUCACGAUGCGGAUCACGACAAUAUUUCAAAAUCGGAAUGAAAACGAUGAGUCCCCGAAAACGGGCUAUUCCGAAUGGGAGCAAACAGAGAUGAAAGCGUUGUGCCAACAUCACAACACUUUGAUUCAUCUUGAUAUGUAUAUGCAGAGUACCGAGGUGACGGACGAAGCGUUUCACCAGAAAUGGUAUAUGUCCGAAUCGCCGAUAAAGAAAAUAUUUAUGUUGAUAAUUAUGGCUAAUAACUUGCAGUGCAAACUCGCGACGUUCGAAAAAUUCAAUCUCUCCCUACCCUCAUUCAUGAUGAUACUAAAUCAAUCAUAUUCGAUCGCCCUUCUGUUUCUAAAGAUGAAGUGAAGAGUAAAUAUCACAUGAAAAAAUUGCUACUUGUAAAAAAUAAAAGGUCAAACUUGGCGAUUAAAUAAGAACGUCAUUAGUGUUGUAAUUUACAGCAUGUCUAUACAUCAAUAAUAACA